ACUUUUUUUCUCCUGUGAAGUCAUAUAUAAACUGUUAUAUAACUAAUCCAGAAGAGGAAUCAUUUUUUCCACUAUUGAUAUAGAAUAAUAAUACAUAAUCAUCUAAAAGAUACUAUAAUAGUAAGAUCAAAGACCUUAGCAAAAACAAGAAAAAGACUGUUCCACAAAAAUGGCGUUAGCAUUAGGUGGAAGAGCUCGUCGCUUAGUCUCUGGAACAUUAGUUCAUCAAAAUGGUUGUUUACACAAACUGCAGCAAACAGGAUCGGAUCGGUUUCAGCUUGGUGAAGCAAAAGCAAUAAGAUUGUUACCCAGGAGGACGAACAUGGUUCAAGAAUUGGGAAUGAGAGAAGAAUUUAUGCAACCAAACAGAGAAUUAGAGACAAAUUAUGAUUUUCUUGGUGAGAUGAGACAGAGAUUUCUGAGAUUCAAGAGACAAAAGUAUCUACCAGAGAUAGAGAAGUUUCAAGCUUUGGUCAUAGCUCAAUCACCAAAGGUUAUGGUGAUAGGAUGUGCAGAUUCAAGGGUGUGUCCAUCUUAUGUAUUAGGAUUUCAACCUGGUGAAGCUUUUACAAUACGAAAUGUCGCUAACCUCGUUACCCCGGUUCAGAACGGACCAACAGAAACCAACUCAGCUCUUGAAUUUGCAGUUACUACUCUUUUGGUUGAAAACAUUAUUGUAAUGGGUCAUAGCAAUUGUGGAGGAAUCGCAGCGCUUAUGAAUCAUCAAAAUCACCAAGAGCAACACUCUAGUUUGGUAGAGAGAUGGGUUAUGAAUGGGAAACUGUGAGAAGGAAUCUAUAAAGGAUUCUGUGAUGAAUUUGAUAACUUACCCAUGGAUAAGAGAUAGAGUAAAGAGAGGUGAAGUCAAGAUUCAUGGAUGUUAUUACAAUUUGUCAGAUUGUAGUCUUGAGAAGUGGAGACUAAGUUUAGACAAGAAUGAAAAUGGAUUCCAUAUUACAGAUAGAGAGAUUUGGAGUUGAGUAAAUAUAGAACAACAAUCCCCAGUCGUAAUGUUCAGAUGUAUCUUUGUACAUAUGAAAUGAUAUUUACACAAUUGGGAAAAAAGAAAAUUAAAAUAUUGUAAUAAGGGAAUAUAAUAAAGGUUAAUUGGUCUACUAAGCA